AUGGCACCAGCACCAGCAACAGAAAGGCAGAGGAAGUAUCGGGCGCGCUUAAAAGCCAGUCCUGAAAGAAGGGAGAAAUACCUGCAGAGUGAACUGAAAGAGAACGGCAGAAAAAAAAAAAAGGUGGAGAGCAGCUUACAAAAGAAGCAAGGAGAGGAGAGAAGCACUGAGUACCUUAAACACUCCUCCACACAGCCCAGAGCAGGACCCAGAGCCAGGACCCAGAGCCAGGACCCAGAGCCAGGACCCAGAGCAGGACCCAGAGCAGGACCCAGAGCCAGGACCCAGAGCAGGACCCAGAGCCAGGACCCAGAGCAGGACCCAGAGCCAGGACCCAGAGCCAGGACCCAGAGCAGGAUCCAGAGCAGGACCCAGAGCCAGGACCCAGAGCAGGACCCAGAGCCAGGACCCAGAGCAGGACCCAGAGCAGGACCCAGAGCCAGGACCCAGAGCAGGACCCAGAGCCAGGACCCAGAGCAGGACCCAGAGCAGGACCCAGAGCCAGGACCCAGAGCAGGACCCAGAGCAGGACCCAGAGCCAGGACCCAGAGCAGGACCCAGAGCCAGGAUCUUCAGGGUUAGAGCAAUGAGCACCUAACGGUGUUAGAAAAUGAUUGUUAGACAGUUUGAUUUUAGAGUGAGAAAAUAAGAAGGAGGGGAGGAGGGAGAGAAGGCCGAACUUGCCAGACCCAAAACAACCUAUAUGUACAGUGAAACAUAAUGUGACCUCACUUGAUAAGGAUGCCAGGCUGAAAAAGGCCUAUAGCCAUCACAGAGUUGUUGACCAAUUUAUUGUGUUUUUUAGGCAAUGUCAUGCGGCACGGAACAAGCACAGAAAAGAAAUAAACAAGCUGAAGGAGCAAAUAGAAGAACUUAUGGAAAAACUGAACAAAGAAAGAAAAAAGAUGGAAAAAUACAAAAAGAGGUGCCAACGUUUGAAGAAGCGUUCUGAUUCACCACGGUCAAAGGUGAAUGAGCUAACAGCAAAUUGCCCUGUUAACCCCCAAAUCAGAAAGACAUUGCUCUACCACUGAUUCAGGAUAUCAGUAAUAAAUACCAGCAAGCCACCAAGGAAAGGGAAAGACAACUGAUUGCAAAAGUGACAACAGGGAGAAUCAUAAAAAGAUAAAGGUUGCAGAGAUUUGCUAGUGAGACCCUUGGAUUUUCAAGUAAGCAUUGGAAACACAACGAGAGUCUUCAAUUUGAAGGGAAGAAGAUCAACAGAUUCACUGACGAAUUCAAGAACAGAGUAAAGGCAUUCUAUCUAAGAGAUGAUGUCAGUAGGAUCACCACAGGAACCAAACAAACACUCACAAGGAACAAACUCAAGAUGCAGAAAAGGUUCCUGGUGGAUUCACUGCAAAAUCUUCACAGGAGAUUUUUAUCAGAAAAUCCUGAACAAAAUAUCUCACACUCCCUUUUUUGUUACCUUCAACCUUUUUGGGUUGUUAAUCCAACGAUCUCUGAACGAGACACACGCUUUGUGGCCGUGAAGCUCACUCAGCUGAAACUUAUUGAGACUGUCAGUCUUGAACACUUGGUAGAGAAGGUGUGCUGCAACUCAACCAACAAGAGCUGCAUGUAUGGAGAGUGUGUCCACUGCAAGGACAAGAGUGUCACUCAGUCACUCACACACACACUCUCACACACUAAGAUUGUUACUGUUUGAUUAUGUUCAGUCAGUUCUCAAGUUUUCUGCAUGCAACAGACACAAGGUGUCUUUUAUAGUCCACCUCUCAUGAGGCCUUUAAAAGUAUAUUUGACCAGAUGAGGUAUGGUUCUUCUGCCUGAGACCACAGGACAGUUAUGCAUACUAAACACAGACAGACAGACAGACAGACAGACAGACAUCCCAAAAGCACACGUUACGUUGUGUUUUGAUGAGCUAUUCAGUUUUAAUCUAUAACAGCAAUGUUUUGAUUUAUAAUGUUUUGAUGUAGUUGUCAUUGUUUUUCAUUUGGGUUUUAAUAAAACUCAGUGUACAUCUAUUGUCCUUAUGGUUACAUAAUGAAAUAGAAUGUUUAUAGGAGAUCAUACAGUGAAUUUGAGAUUUAAAAAACAGCUAUUUAUAUGUUAAGCUGUAUCUGUCCCUUCAACCCUGUUACCAUCUUUAACCCAGUUAGCCUACUCUCAACCCCAUCACACCUACUUUUUUUAUACAUUAUUUUUCAAGAGUUUAUGAAAAAGUUAUUAAAUGUUUGUUGAUUUCUGUCUGAAAUGUUUAGAGCUAUCAGAAAAUUAUUGAUUUUGGUUAAAAUUCUUUAGUAAAACCACAUUUUUUAUGUCACAAAAAUGGCCAUUUCAGGCUUUAGGCUUUAUGUCAUUUUUGUAUCUGAAAUUAUUGAAUUAGUGUGAGGGACAUCUGAUUAAUAUGAAAAUGUUGACUUCAUUAGAAAAAGAUUUCAUAAUCCUAUUCAGACAGCUUCCACAGUGUACAUAACGGGGUUGAAGAAUAACAGUGCCCAUAUCAUGAAAUAAUGAUCAAUAAUGAUAGGAUUUGAUGCCUGAGAUGGGAAAAUAUGUUUUUUCUGGUAGUUAAAUAUGUCCUUAAUGUUGUAGGGUGUUCAUAAAAGUAAUACAUUUUGGUAAAAAAAAAAGUGAAAAUGUCAAAGUCCAA